CGAACUUUCAAUUGAAUAUACGCCACUUACAGGUUUCUCUGCCCCACAUUCUUCGCAUAUAUAUAGGGCAGCUUGAGGACGACUAUCACUUUGAGGAGGUUAUCAUGGAUUUCAUGUUCGGUGGAAAGUACAGACUUGAAGAGGAAAUCGCCAUUGGAGGAUGUGGCUCAGUGUUUCUUGGAGUUCAUACAAUCGCAGGGAAGGAAGUCGCAAUUAAAUUAGAACCAGCUAUCGCGCGCAACAGUCCCCUCAAGCAGGAAUCCAAGGUCUACAAGACCCUCAUGGGUGGCCCCGGCGUGCCAUGGAUCAUGUGGUCGGGAAGGCACGGCGAUUACAAUGUUAUGGUGAUCGAUCUGUUGGGCCCAUCCCUCGAAGACCUCUUCAAGAUGUGCAAUCGUCACUUCACAAUAAAAACAGUGCUGCUGCUUGCGGAUCAACUACUAUCCCGUCUAGAGUUCAUCCACUCGCGAGAUUUUGUUCAUCGCGACGUCAAACCUGCCAACUUCGUGAUGGGGACAGACCGCGCAGAACAUUUGGUCAAUGUGAUUGAUUUUGGGCUCGCUAAGAAAUUUCGAGACCCGAAAACAAGCGCCCAUAUCCCGUAUCGACAGGACGACCAUCAUGGUGUGGGUACAUCCCUCUUUGCAUCUCUCAACGCGCAUAACGGCAUUGUGCUCUCGGCGUGAUGACCUAGAAUCUCUUGCUUACAUGCUGGUUUACUUUCUGCGGGGAACAUUACCGUGGCGGAAAAUCAAGGGUACUACAGUCGCUGAGACGUGGGAUGGUAUACGAGACAAGAAACUUGAGGCUUUAUCAGUUCUCACCGUGGGUCUUCCUGUGGAGUUCGACAUUUUCUUCAACUAUGCAAGAG